UGCGGUUUAACCCACAGCGCCACCAUGUCCCACAGAAGACCCGGCCCCAUUAUUCCACUGUCUGCAAGGCAGAAGUGGGUGGAUAUGCAGGUUUGUAAAACCCUCAAAGUGGCAAUUUUGAGGAAGGCAUUUUGCCACUGUCUCCCCAAUGGGCUGCCAAGAAGCCCUUUUGCUUCAGCCACAAUCCCUUUCACAGGCAUAGCUUUGUCUCUUGGCUUGGCAGACUGAAUGCAGAAAGCUAGAGUACACCGGUCAUGUAAUGAAAAAAAAGGAAAAGGACAGGUAGUUAUGUUGCUCCUUCAAGGUAGGAGGAAAUGACCAAAGCCCACCUCUGGCAGGAGAGAAACCCGGAGGCCUGCUGUCUUCCGUCAAGGCGCACUGCUUGGAUGUGGAGUUUCUGAUCUACCUCGGGCUGAUCUUCGCGGUGGGAGGGAAAGUGCAGCCAAACCUGCGCUCUCUUCCUUUGCUCUGGAAGCCACUCGGGCCAUACCUGCGGCAGGGCUGCCCUCUAGCGAGCACUCCCCGGCUCUGACCAGGGCGGCCUCUAACACAGCCUUCCUUUCCUCGCGUAACCUGACGACGACUGCUGUGCAAGUGGAAAGCUUGCGCGUGAGCACCAGCCACCCUCGUCGAGGUCGAGGCUGCGGAGGGAGGCCAGGCUUCUCUCGGGGCCCCUUCCGCCUUCGCUUGGCUUCCUCUGUUCUUCCGCUUGCCACGAAGGAAAGGCGUGUGUGUGUGUGCGUGUGUGUGUGUGCCGCGGGCGGGGGCGGGCGGGCUUGCCAAGCAGCCGGCCAACAAAGUCGCCUCCCUCCCCCGGCGCUCUUCCGGAGGGGCCUUGCUUAGUCGGCAGGCAGCCGAACGCCAAGGACCAGCCCCUGAGCGCCUGGCCGGUCUCCUCUCUCGCGCUCCUGCCGCUGUCGCUGCCGCGGCGGCCCCUCCCCGCUCCCGUCCUUGCCUCCCACCCGCGAGGGAGCGCACCGGCGCUGCAGCUACUGGGCAUGCUCCGAGGAGGACCGAGGGGUCGCCGCUCGCCGCGCUCCUGGGCAAGCCGGUGCCUGAGAACCGGGACGGCGCGGGCUCGGCUGCCGGCGAUGGAGGCUUGAGGCGCCGCGAUGGAAGCGCGGGGAGAAGCCGGCGGGAGGAGGCACCGACCUGAGAGGUGCCAGGGGAUGCCCAGAGCAGUCCGGUGGCGCCGGCGCGGCUUCGGGACAGCUCCCGCCGCCUGAUUUCCUCCUCCCGCCGCCGCCGCCGAUCCUUGCCUACCUAGAGUUGCGGCUGGCGGAGUCCUGGGGCCGGAGCAGGCGCAGGCAGGGUAAUGUGGGGACAGGCAGGCGAGGCGCGGUGCCCCGCCGGGGGAGGCGUGCCCGGGGGAGAAGAAGAAGAGGCGAGAGGCUCCCUGCCCGGCCCCGCCCGGGACGGCCAGAGGCAAGGGAGGGGGCUUGGCGGGAAGGUCCUGGCGCGCGAGCACGAGUGGUGAGCGGGCAGAGUCCGGGCGCCCCUGCCCUCUCCCUUCCGCCUGCCUCGGGGAUGGAGGCGCUCCCUCGCCCAGCCUGCUCCGGCGGAGCUGACCGGAGGGCCCCAGCGUCGCCCUAGCUUCCCUCGCCUCGCCCCUGGCCUCGGCGAUGGAACUGUCCCGGAACACCAGCGCAGCCCCGCACAACGGGUCCCUCUCGGUGCUCUUCUCUGCCUCGCCGCCCUCCUUCGCGCCCGCCGCCGCCGCCUACUCCCCGGCCGCCGUGGCCUGCUUGGCUGCCGUGGUGGGCUUCCUGAUCGUCUUCACCAUCGUCGGCAACGUGCUCGUGGUGAUCGCCGUCCUGACCAGCGGGGCCCUGCGAGCGCCGCAGAACCUCUUCCUCGUGUCGCUGGCCAGCGCCGACAUCUUGGUGGCCGCCUUGGUCAUGCCCUUCUCCUUGGCCAACGAGCUCAUGGAGGACUGGUACUUCGGCAAGGCCUGGUGCAACAUCUACCUGGCCCUGGAUGUCUUGUUCUGCACUUCCUCCAUCGUGCACCUGUGCGCCAUCAGCCUGGACCGCUACUGGUCUGUCACCCAGGCGGUGGAGUACAACCACAAGCGGACCCCCAGGCGGAUCAAGGGGAUCAUCCUGCUCGUCUGGCUGAUCUCCGCCGUCAUCUCCUCCCCGCCUUUGAUCUCCAAAUAUUGGGAGCCCGAAGGGGAGCCUCCCUCCAGGUGCAAGCUGAACGACGAGACUUGGUACAUCCUGUCCUCCUGCAUCGGCUCCUUCUUCGCCCCCUGCGUCAUCAUGGUGCUGGUCUACAUCCGCAUCUACCGCGUGGCCAAGUUAAGGACCAGGACCCUUUCUGAGAAGCGGCCCCCGCCCGAGGGCUCCUCCGUCCGGUUGGAGAACGGCUUGAAUCGCGCCGAGAGGGGCUUCACAUCCCCGACGACCGGGCGAGGGGAAAACGGCGCCUCGGCGGGCCAGCGCUGGUGGCCGGCCGUGGAGCUGGAGGACGUGGACCGCCUCUCCCGCGCCAGCCUCCGCUCGCUCGAGUUCUUCUCUUCUCACCGCCGAAAGCGCGGCAGCAUCUGCCAAAAGGCGGCGAGCCAAGCGCGGGAGAAGCGCUUCACCUUCGUCCUGGCCGUGGUGAUGGGGGUCUUCGUGGUGUGCUGGUUCCCCUUCUUCUUCACCUACAGCUUGUACGGCAUCUGCCGGGAGGCCUGCCAGGUCCCCGAGACGCUCUUCAAGUUCUUCUUCUGGAUUGGCUACUGCAACAGCUCCCUCAACCCCGUCAUCUACACCAUCUUCAACCAGGACUUCCGCCGGUCCUUCAAGCACAUUCUCUUCGCGCCGCGCCGACCUCGCCCUUUUCUCCUGCCCCGGAGGGACCUCUUCCCAAUAACGAGGCCGAGUUCCCUGGAAACCACACCUGCCGGACUAGGGAAGAAGGGGCUGGGAUGGGGGAUGGGGCCCCGGGGUGGGCCUCAGGAGGCGACAGCUUUGUGA